UGCGCGAGAACCUGGCCAGGCACGUGCGCCAUCGCCACCCCGACGCCGCCUUCACCAAGGACGACGACCUGCGCCCCUAGGCCCCCUGACGCCCUGCGCCGCCGCCGCCGCCGUCGCCGCCGUCCUCGGAGGAGGGCGGCGCGUGCGGCAGCAGCGUGUGCGGCGUGUGCGGCAAGAUGUUCCAGGGCACCAACCAGCGCUUCCUCCUGCGGCGCCACCUACUGACGCACACGGGCGAGCGACGCCACGCCUGCCCCUACUGCUCGUACCAGGCCAACCAGGCGGGCAACCUCAACAGACACAUCCGGAACCUGCACCCGGCGCACGCGCAAGCCCACGACCUGCAGCAGGCGCCGCGGCCGAUCCUCUCCGUGAUGCAGGCGUCGUCGCGGGGCUCCCACCCGACCCUGCUCGGCACGGUGGCGGCCACACCUCCGCUCUCCGGCGCCUCCAGGCCGCUCCUGACGCUGCCCGUGGCCAGGCAGCCCGGCCGGGGUGCCGCCGCCAAGCCUCGCUCGCCGUCCCCGAGCCUGACGCCCUCGAGGUCCUCCUUGGCAGCGCCCCAGCUCCCGCUCCACCGCUCCGCCCUUUUCCUCCAGGCGUCCGUCACGUCCACCGCCGUGUCCAGCAGCUCUGCCAAGGCGGCCGCCCCCAGCACUACGGCCACGGGCGCCCCUGACUGAGCAGCCCGCCCGAUGGCAACCUCGGUCGCAGGGCUUCAGCUCCCGAGGCCGCUCUCCCCGGCGAGCGUCGCGUGCCCGAGGCCGCUCCCUCCGCCUGCUCUGCGGGCUCGCGCGGGGGACACGCGGAGCCGGCAGCCACCCUUUCCGCACUCAGCGUCACCGGGAGCAGUUUGUCUCCUCGUUUCCUCGGUCUGAAGGCAACCUAUUUCCUAAGUCAUGCGAUGCUUCCAAGUCAUUUCCUACAGAGGCCAGUACUUCGAGGUUGUGGGAGGAGAGGCGCGGCAGACGGCAGCCAGCCCUCUCCUGGGCGGACUUCCACCCGUGAAGAAGUGUCAGUAUUAUACCUGAAAAACGUGAUAAAAAAACAAAACAAAAAAACAGGAGAAGCAGAAAAAUAAAGUAAAGAAGAGAAAGAUGGAAGUAAUGCAAAGCAGACGUAAUAAAAUAACAGAUAAAUGGAUAUACAAAUAAAAGACCAGAUAAACAAAUAAAAGAUUUUUUGGGUAUUUUUCCUAUUGGUAACUCGGAACGAAAGAAAAGAGAGAAACAAUGCGCAACUAACCGUAGAAUGACGUCACUAGUGAUUAUGAACGAACAAUUUUGAAAAUCUUUUAUACAAUUGGAUGUGUAUGUGUCUUGGAAAAGUGAAAAUCUUGAAUAAGAUUUGAAGAAAACGUAUCAUUCAGGAAAAUGACUUAAGAGGAAAGUGAUUAAAGAAGAUAAAAGAGUCGUUUUCAAAAUAUUUUUAUUUCAAUGUAAACUACUCGAAUAAAAAAAAGUCUCAA